AUGGGCAGGCCUCCCAUUCAAAGGCAACAUGGGCUUCCAGUCGCUCCGGCAGCUCCAGCAGCCGACACGGUGUCGAAGAAAGAUCGUCUGACUCUAUUGCAGUUGGCGUCGUAUGAUGAUCUCCUCACCGAUGUACUUGUUGAUCACGUGUAUUCUUGGUUUACAGUUCGAAAGAACAAAUCAAAAUAUGCUCAUCUUAGAAGAAUCAAUGACGAUGAAGUAUGCCACAUUCUGCUGCAUGAUCUCGUCAUCCAGAAAGACAUCUCGGAAGUCGAGGCCAAGCUCUUGAAACUACCAGGGUUGGAGAGGUAUCACAAUGCUCUGGAAUCUAAGAGAGAGCAAGAAGAUUUCAAACGGCAUAUGCGAAAGUAUAUCAAUGUCUGGAUGCCUGACUGUCCUUUCGACAUCUCAACGACAAACCGGUACACCAUCACGACUCACGAGGCGGCCACUACAGCCAGGCAGUUCAUCAAAAGUGGCGAAACAAUAAAGUACCUCUGUGGUAAUUUGGUGGCAAUGAGCCCAGAGGAGGUAAAAGAUCUAGAUUUGAAUAGACAGGAUUUCAGUGUUGUCAUUUCCAGCAGAAGGAAGACUCCUUCGCUCUUUCUUGGGCCCGCACGCUUUUCAAAUCACGAUUGCAAAGCGAACGCUAGACUAGUCACAAAAGGAGUAGAGGGUAUGACAGUUGUCGCAGAGCGAAAUAUUGAGAGGGACGAAGAAAUUACAGUGAAUUAUGGGAUGCACUAUUUUGGCGAGGAUAAUUGCGAGUGCCUGUGCGCUUCGUGCGAAAAGGAAGUGCGUGGUGGAUGGGCACCAAAAGAAGAGAAUGAGGAAUCGGAUACGGAGCCGGACACUACAGUACAACAUGCACGUCCUUCACAGUCAUCUGAUGGUCACAAGAGGGAUCAUAACAAGCAAGACUCAAGUGACCAGAUCGAUGCCCGUGGUAGCAAUCCACCGAAGAAGGCGAGGCUGGGUGAAGAGCAUGCGCUUGCCCCUACUGGUCUAAAGACACCACCUGAUUCGAGCCAGAAGUCUUCCCCGGCCUCGGAGAAAAGCCCAUAUCACAAACCCAGCCGAAGAGGGCUUGGUCAGAAAGAGCAGUUGUCCGUUCAAGCUGGCUCGGCACAAUUAUCUAGCAACAAUGGUGGUAAACGAGCAAAUACCAAAACGAUCGAUGCGUCUUGUUUCUAUGGCACAAAGCAACCACACCAACCCGUAUCGCUCUCCCAGCGUGAUGAGUUCAUACACAAGGCUGUCAAGCAAGAGAAAUCCCAAAGUUUUCUCGAUUGGUUCGGUGAUAUUGGAGCGAAACAGAAGCAAAGUCCUCAUGCAUCAUUGUGGAAUGCCCCCAUGGAGCCCACGAAUCGACAGUCCAAGUUGUCUAAUGCCGCCUUCUUUCCUGGGGAACGUUUUAAUCUUCACAAAUUAGUCGAUCGAGGAUGCUCCUCCACCAGACGAGGUGUAUCUGCUCGAUUUGCACCUACGCCUUCUCCAUCUUCAAGUGCUCUCUCCUCCGUGCCGCCUGAUCUUGAUGAAGACGAUGCUUACCAAGCUCCUCAGGCGAGAUCUCGAGGCAAGAAAGGCCGGCCAAAAAAACCUCUGGAUCAGCUUGCACUAUCCACAAAACAGAAAUACCAGCGAAAGCCAUACAAGUAUGUAUCUUCUGCCCAGCCUAUUAGCAUCGAAACAGUCGAGGAGGACGAUGACGAGUCUGAUGAGGAGCCCGAGGUCCGUGUUCCACGAGCCCCAGGUGAUUAUGUUCGGACUCGAGCGUUGCUAUCCCAGAGAAACUCUCGAUGGGUCGACUGCCGUACCUGUGAAAAUACCUGGGUCAAUCAUCAUGUCAAGCAAACACGCCGCGAAUGUCCUCGCUGUGAACGACACAGCAAGCUUUUUGGUUUCCAGUGGCCUAAAACGGAAAAUGCAAAAGGCGAGCACGGUGUAAGGGUCAUGGAUCACCGGACGAUCGAUCGCUUCCUUGCACCUGAUGAGGAGAAGAAGGAGUGCAGACGUGGGCGAGGCUUGCUAGCCAAAGCUUUGGGCCUAGAUGGCAAUGACAGCAGCAGAUCGAGCAGAGCCGUAAGUGAAGAGGCUGAUGAAGGAAGUCGCACGAGAGCACUGAGAAGGACGACCAUAAGAGCCGGCCAGAAGCGUCCCUCUGAUGAAGAAGAAGUCCUCAGCUCCACGCAGAGAUCAGGAGAGAAGACCCCCAAGCGACCCAAGGGCUUAGCUAAGGGCUGGGCAAUGGUUCCGGCUUGA